CAUGCCAAUUCUUCCGCGCCGCUCUCGAAAGGAGGGCAGCGGGUUUGUGCGACCGGCAGGUAACCAAACACGCAACGCGAGCGCGCGUCGUGAGCGCGCGCCGCCGGAGCGCCGAAAACCAGAGCGGCGUCGCGAAGGACGGCAGAAAACAAACCCAAAGAGACCGGAGGCGGAAGUUUUGCGUUUGGUUCUUAAAGCGGCUUCCACACAGUCUGGGCUGGGGAAGCGGGAGGAAAAGGAGACGACGAUGAUUAUUCUCUACGGGCACGACGAUACGCCACGCGUGGAUCCACAGUGACCCCGUCACCAUCCGGCGCGGGUGGGUCUGGAUUCAUCACCAGUCGGACUUUUACCGGCGCGGCGCCGAAAAGAGAAAGAAAAGGAAACGAGGAAAGUGUGGGGAGCGAGCUGCGGAGACGCGGAUCGGGCUUCCAUUCACACGAGUUCUCAGCCGCUGCCUAGUCUGAGGAUUAAACACGGGAUCCGAACCCAUUUCCUACCCGCCACUCGUCCCUCCUCUAGUCGGAUCGCGAGAGUUUGUGCGCAUCCACAUUCUCUUGUUAUUUAAUGUUAUUGUCAUGAUUGUGGACUCUGUGUUUCCGGGCCUGCGAUACGAAGCGAUACGUUCACCGGGCGAAACACUGUGUGUACAAACGCGGUACCCAACAGUGUAACACUGCAGCUCCUGUGAUGUGCGGUGAUCCCCGAACCCAGUUACUGCAUUCGAACCCCGGGCCGCGGACGGACGCGCGGAUCAGCUCCUCCCCUCCGCGUUUCGCACGUUUAAACGACCCAGCGGGCGACAUGGACUAUUUAAUGGAAACACCCCAGUUCACGGAUGGUUUAUGAGGGACUCCUAUCGACGGGGUCGUAGUGAAUUCGUAUUGGUCCAUGUAUCGGUUCUGUUCCUGACCGGAAUGACCACCCCGCGCGUUAUUUAAACACUCUACACACAUAACUUAUAUACACGAUCGCCCAUUUGUGGGCCUUGAAUUGUGUCGGUAUUUAUGCAUUCGUAAGGUGUGUGAACAAUCGGCAUGGCAGACGGCGCUCGGGGGAAACAGGGCAGCCCCGGCGGAUCGAGCCCUCUGCCCAGCCGCAGGAGGGCGCUGCAGUCCCCGGGCUCCCGGACCACGCACCGGCCGGGGACUCCGGGACACAGCUUCAGGAGGACGACCCUCACCAAGCCCACCUUCUGCCACCACUGCGGGGACUUCGUAUGGGGGCUGGUGGGUUUUCUCUGCGAAGUGUGUAACUUCAUGUCCCAUGAGAAAUGCCUGAAGCACGUCAAGUCGGUGUGCUCAUGUAUGGGUCCGUCUCUGGUGCGGGUCCCUGUGGCCCACUGCUUCGGCCCUGCCGGACCCAAGAGGAGGUUCUGCUGCGUGUGCCGCAAGUCGCUGGAGGGGGGGUCCGCCCUCCGCUGCGAAGUAUGCGAGUUGCAUGUCCACGCCAGCUGCGCCCCCUUCAGCUGCAGCGACUGCCGCUUGUGCCACCAGGACGGCAGCCAGGACUACGAAAUGCACCAGCAUCACUGGCGGGAAGGGAACAUGUCAUCAGGGGCACGGUGCGAGGUUUGCCGACGCACCUGUGGCUCCUCGGAGGUCCUCGCUGGCAUGCGCUGCGAAUGGUGCGGCAUCACGGCGCACGCUUCCUGUUACGUGAUCCUACCCUCGGAUUGCGGCUUUGGUCGGCUGCGCAAUAUGAUCCUCCCCCCGAGCUGCGUCCGCAUCUGCUCCCGCAACUUCAGCAAGAUGCACCUCUUCCGCAUCUCCGAGAAUUCUCAGAGCGACCUGGACUGCACUGACGACGUUGAUACCCCGGUAAUCACCAAUAAGGAGAACCAGUCCUCCCCAUCGGCAGAUUCCGGGAAGCAGACCCUGAGGGUGUUUGACGGGGAUGACGCGGUUAAGCGUAACCAGUUCCGCCUGGUCUCCAUCCCCCGGAUCACCAAGAACGAGGAAGUGGUGGAGGCAGCCCUGCGGGCCUUCUACAUCCCAGAUGAGCCACAGGACUACGAACUCCAGGUGUACAGCCAGCAGUCCCUGCUCAGCGAUGACAUCAUCAACCGCAACGGCGCCCCCGACAACAAGGCGGCCUUCAAAGACUGCGCCCCAGAGGCCUGGGUCCUGAGGGCUCGCCCCAGGGAGGCCGAGGUGUUGAAGAUCUAUGCUGGGUGGCUCAAACUGGGCGUGGCCUACAUCUCCAUUUCCAUUUCCAAGGGCAGUACGGUAGAUGCUGUCAUCAAGGAGAUCCUAACCCAGCUGGGCAAGCAGGAUGAGAGCCCUGCUGACUUCAACCUUAUAGAAGUGUUCAUGAGCAGCAAGCAAGUACAACGGCAGAUUCUUACUGGGCAGGAGCUCCUGUUGGAGAAGCUGCAGGAGAUCAAGAAGGUCUCCCUGAGGCAGAUGAACCAGACACGAUUUUACAUCGUGGAGCGCAAGAACAGCGUGGUACAGGUGCACCUGCUGCUGGGGGCCCUGCCUGCGCAGCUGUCUCAGGAGGAGUACGCAGACCUGCUGCAGGAGCACCUUGCUGCUAAAAGUCACCUGGUGACCAUCACCCACGUCUAUGCUGAACAAGGUGCUGUGGUUGUGCAGAUCUCCUGUUUCUCAGAGGCGGAGAGGAUCUACAUGCUGGCCAAAGACACUACAGUCGGUGGCAAGCAGCUGUACUCGCUGGUGAUCCCCGAGAUCAUGCGCAAGAACCUACCGCAAGGUUGCUGUCCUCUCCUGGUUUUCGUGAACCCCAAGAGUGGUGGCCUGAAAGGCCGCGAGAUCCUUUACAGCUUCCGGAAGCUUCUCAACCCGCACCAGGUUUUUGAGCUCAGCAGCGGGGGACCUCUGCCCGGGUUGCACACCUUCCGGGACAUUCCGUAUUUCCGCAUCCUGGUGUGCGGUGGAGACGGGACAAUGGGCUGGGUCCUGGGGGUACUGGAGGAAGUGCGGCACAAGCUGGCGUGCUCCGAGCCUGCCAUCGGAAUCGUCCCUCUCGGCACAGGUAACGACCUGGCGCGGGUGCUGCGCUGGGGGGCGGGCUACAGCGGCGAGGACCCCUACGGCAUCCUGGUGGCUGUGGAUGAGGCCGAGGAGGUGGAGAUGGACCGCUGGACCAUCCUGCUGGACGCCCAGGAAGCGGUGGAGGAUGACAAAGGGAACGGCGUCUUGGAGCCACCCAAGAUCGUGCAAAUGAACAACUACUGCGGCCUGGGUAUUGAUGCGGAGCUCAGUCUCGACUUCCACCACGCCCGCGAAGAGGAGCCUGGGAAGUUCAACAGCAGGUUCCACAACAAGGGCGUCUAUGUCAAGGUGGGUCUGCAGAAGCUGAGCCACACACGCAACCUGUACAAGGACGUUAAGCUGCAGGUUGACAAGCAGGAGGUGGAGCUGCCCAGCAUCGACGGCCUCAUCUUCCUCAACAUCCCGAGUUGGGGAUCUGGCGCUGACCUGUGGGGGUCCGACAGCGACUCGCGCUUUGAGAAGCCACGCAUCGACGACGGCAUGCUGGAGGUGGUGGGCGUGACCGGAGUGGUGCACAUGGGCCAGGUACAGAGCGGGCUUCGCUCGGGGAUUCGCAUCGCCCAGGGCAGCUACAUCCGCAUCACGUUGACCAAGUCGAUCCCCGUGCAGGUGGAUGGGGAGCCGUGGAUCCAGGCACCGGGCCACAUCAUCAUCUCGGCGGCCGGUCCCAAGGUACGCCUGCUGAGGAAGACCAAGCAGAGCAAGCAGAAGAAACAGUCGGGGAGCCUGAAGGAGAGCAGGACGGAGAGUCCGGCGCCGAGCGAGAGGGAGCACUGAUGCAGCCCGGCUGCCCUGAACGUUCGCGGCCGCACGCGCACAUUCCGGGAGGGAGCCGUUGAGGCCUUCGCGAGGUGGCCUUCGUCAUAAGCGCAGAGUGCUAUGGGGAUGGGGGCUGGUGGGGGAGGGGUUCCGCUCUUGAUCCUCAGUAUUUUCGUCCUCUGUUUUCGCCAACCCGCCCACCCCACACGUAAGACCGAGUUGAUCGGCUCAGUCUGUAGUCUAGAUGGCGUUCUAGUACAGCUCUUCCACGUAGCCGAAAGUCCUGUUGCCGGCGCUCGGACCCGCGUCACAGCGCCGGGGUCCCGGGUGUCGAGCUCCACGCUUCUCCUCGCCUCGACUGCCGCCACAAGAGGAGGGAGAUCGGGCUGCUGUAGAAAACAACCCCUCUCUAUCCAAAGUGACCAAAACUGGCCAGCGACACGUUCUGUAUUGUGAAAGUGGAAUUGUAACACAGUUGCUCCAGAGCGUCAUUGCGUACGUUUGCCAGACGGAGAGGAUCCCUUCAGUGAGACCUUUAAGGCUCGAGUUCUAUGGCACCUUGUCCUUCAUCUCCCCUGGAUGACACACGAAGCAGAGGGGAAGCGCGUGCCAAAUCCACGGUCACACACACACACACACACACACAACACAACACACAC